UCUUCUGUGGAUGGAGGUUAUGUGAAGGGUGCAGAGAGACCAGGGAUUUUCAGUGAUUUCCAGCAAAAAUGUCCAGCUUACAGAAGUCCAUCAUGAAAUCUCGGCUUCCGCCAAUACCAUCGGCUUCUAAGAUAUCCAAAUUGGAUGGUUCCCGGCGCGGUUUCCAAAAGAACUACUCCCCAAAACAGUGGCAUGAGUACUUCAAAGAGCGCGAAAUGGUGUCCGUGGAUGAAAAUAAGUUUUGCGUGUACAGAUCGGCUGAGCCUGCACAGAAGGGGCCUCUGAUUGUGCUUCUCCAUGGCGGAGGAUUCUCAGCACUUACCUGGGCACUCUUCUCAACAGAAAUCACUUCUAUGAUUCACUGCCAGUGUCUGGCGAUGGAUCUGCGUGGUCAUGGAGACACCGAGACCACGGACGACUGGGAUUUGUCGGCCACAACACUGGCCACGGAUGUGGCGAGGGUGCUUUCGAUAUUGUAUCCUGAGGACAAUCCAGCCGUAAUUCUCGUGGGACACUCAAUGGGGGGAGCUAUAGCGGCCCACCUGGUUCACUUGGAUCUCGUAAAGAAUCUGAUUGGGUUGACGGUGAUUGAUGUGGUGGAGGGAACAGCAAUGGAUGCGCUUGCGAGUAUGCAGAGCUUCUUGAGGUCACGGCCGACCUAUUUUAAGAGCAUCCCACAGGCCAUAGAGUGGAGUGUGAGGAGUGGGCAGAUAAGGAAUUUGGAGUCUGCGAAAGUUUCAAUGCCGGGACAAAUUAUGAACACAGAGACACUGAAGCUCUCCACAAAUGAGCUACCACUGCCGGACGCAGGAGAACCCGCCCCAGCUAUCAGUACUUUUGCCAAUCCCCUGAGCAUCGCUGAGGAUCCUGAGACAGAGGGCCAGGACGCUCCACAAGCUCCAGUAUUCAAGCAACCGCAGCUCGAGAUGGCGAAUGCCAAGAAGUACACUUGGAGGAUAGAUCUGUCCAAAUCGGAAAAGUUCUGGGCGGGAUGGUUUGAGGGAUUGAGUCAGAAAUUUUUGGACUUGCCGGUGGCGAAACUGCUGCUGCUAGCGAGCAUCGACGGCCUGGAUAGGACACUGACAGUGGGUCAGAUGCAGGGCAAGUUCCAGAUGCAAGUGCUCGCCAGAUGUGGUCAUGCCGUUCAUGAGGAUCGUCCCUGUGAGGUGGCUGAGGUGAUUGCCUCCUACAUGAUCCGCAAUGAGUUCGCCGAAGCGUGUGGAGACUUUGUGCGCCACAUGCCAGCAUGCUGAAGUGUUUUCCAGCGAUGUAAGUAAUUUGAAUUAAACAUUAUUUAAUGCAUA